AACCGAAGCCCGCAACAGACAGACCAGACUUGACAGGCGCCUUGGGAAGCAUGACGGGAUUAUGGACACUUGUUGCACUACUGUUCACCUGCACGACAGGGAGUACGGAAGGAACUGAACGAUCUUUCGUGGUUGACUACGAGCACGAGCGCUUCUUAAAAGACGGCGAGCCAUUUAGGUAUGUGUCGGGAUCUUUACACUAUUUCCGAGUGCCCAAGGCAUACUGGAGGGACCGGAUGACUAAAAUGCGAAUGGCAGGCCUUAACGCGCUGCAGACGUACGUUGAAUGGAGUGGUCACGAACCCGAGCCGGGAAAGUACGUUUUUGAAGACAAUUACGAUCUCAAGACUUUCCUGCAAACAGCCAAAGACGUUGGCCUGCUUGUUGUAUUUCGGCCAGGGCCUUAUAUCUGUGGUGAAAGGGACAACGGUGGUCUCCCCUACUGGCUUCUAAGGUUAAACCCUAACAUGAAGUACAGGUCAUCUGACAGGACAUAUUUGGAAGCUGUGGACAACUGGCUUGAAGUUCUUCUGUCAAUGGUAGAACCUUUUCUCUAUAGGAAUGGAGGACCUAUUAUCACGAUUCAAGUUGAGAAUGAAUACGGUCAAUACCCGGUGUGUGAUCAUAAUUACAUGCGACACCUUGUCAAGAUAUUUCAGUUUUACCUGGGAAGUGACGUCAUUUUGUUUCGCACGGACUCUCCCAAAGACGACGCGUACCGAUGUGAUGCUGUAAACGACACGCUCGUAACCGCUGACUUUGAAGCUGGUACGAACGUCACAGCUGCCUUUGACUCUGUGAGGAAAGCACAGGGAAAGGGUCCUCUGAUAGUGACGGAGUACUACCCAGGAUGGAUGGACCAUUGGGGCUUACCACACACUAAGACUGAUGCCAGCGAAGUUCUCAAGACAUUCGAAGAAAUUCUUCGUUUUAAUGCGUCCGUGAAUUUCUACAUGUUUCACGGUGGUACUAAUUUUGGAUUCAGCAACGGUAGGAAUCCUCCACCACAGCCAACCAGUUACGAUUUUGGAGCACCCCUCAGCGAAGCCGGAGACCCCACAGACCUGUACUACAUGAUAAGGAACAUCACCUCCAAGUACCUUCCGCUUCCUCCAGGAAAACCACCUGUGCCUGCUCCUAAGCUCAAUGAGGGCACUGUAGAACUUAAGGUUAGCUGUUCCUUAAAAGAAAUGUUGGAGUUUUUUAGGCAGAAUGCUUCACUUGUUAAUGCUACCUCCGUUUACCCAAUGAGCUUUGAAAAGCUUGGUCAGGAUUUCGGGUAUGUUGUGUACACAACGACGAUUGAUUUUCAACCCGCUAGUCCAUCCGUUCUGGCAGUUCCUGGAAUCAGCGACAGAGGUUAUGUGUACACAAGGGCAACCACGGCCGUGCUCAGCAAGGAACAGCUCGCGACCAGCGUACCUGUUGUUGUUCAGAAAGGAGAGAACCUUACAAUCAUCGUUGAAAACACAGGACGUAUCAAUUUUGGACCUGGCAACAAGGAUUUCAAGGGCAUUUUGUCGAACGUCACUCUUGGUGGGCAUCUCCUGACCAACUGGGCCAUUGAAGGGGUACCACUUUCAACACCAGAACAGCUCUCGUUAUUGUCGAAAUUCCUUACGACACUGAAUGGCGAACCCAAGUUCGAAGUUCCCGGCGUCGUCUUCGGCUACUUCUCGCUUCCCAGGGGACAAGAGCCUCUUGACACAUUCCUGGACCCAAAGGGAUUCGGCAAGGGAGUCGCGAUCCUCAAUGGCUUCAAUCUGGGACGCUACUGGCCGUCCAUAGGACCCCAGGUGACGCUGUACGUUCCUGGAACUCUUCUACUUCCCAACCCGAAUGUCAAUCUUGUUGCCCUCUUCGAAAUGGAAGCCGUGCCAGAAGGCGUGAAGACUGUCAAGUUCGUGAAGGUGCCAAAUCUUGACGGACCAACACCUACUUCAAUCAGAUAAAUAUAUGCCUCC